UAGUAGAGGGAGGGGACUUGAAGCUAGAAAGAGGAAAUACAGAAAGAAAAGGACAGGGGAGGGGGGAGCAAGAGAAUGGAAAGUUGGUCCAUAAAAAAUGUGCCCCUUCAGUUAAAGUGAGCAAAAAUCGAACAAUUGGCCAACAUGCGAAAACUAGCAAGGGAGCUGAGCUCUAGUUCCUAGUUGACUGGGGUAUUCAAUAGAAGCAACACACCUGUAACUUAGCUGAACUCUGGAUUACACUUACUUUCUCCUCCCAUAGGCUAGUCGUUCUCAAGUUUUAGUUUUACAGAUUAUCCCUACUCUGAGAUUCUGAUUCAGUAGGCUCUAGGUAGGGCUUAGGAAGAUAUUUUUAACGGGCCCUUGGCUAAUUCUAAUGCAGGUGGUCUACAUUAGAGAGACAUUGCCCUAGGUUAUCAUCUUUUGGUAAGUAGUUAGUAAAUCUGAGAGAAGAGUCAAACAUAUGGCAAGGUUACGCAUAGUAGGGGGCCACUGAAAAAAAUGCUUCUAACCCAUUGGUUUUCUAAAGCAGGAGAUUCCUGAGCUGACUUUUAAAGGAGGAGAAGGAUGCAGUCAAGUUAAAAUGAUGGCUGGAAGGAUGUCUCAGGCCUUGGACCUGAUGAGCAAAGGCACAGAGGUGACAGGUAGCAUGUGUAUUCAGGCCAGGUCUCUAGAAAGUCAAGUGGAAACCAAAUGGUAAGAUGAGGUAGUUACACAGAGGUCACAGCGUGAUCCUUGGACUUCUAUAGAGUAAGUAUUUGAAGGGGGAGGGGCAGGGAGCAAUGGAGAACGAAGUAGAUUUGCAAUUUAGUUAGAUCCCUGGUGACUGGAAGAGAUGAACACAAGGACAAGAAGAUGGUAAAGCCACAUCAAAUCACUAGGAGUUCUAGAAAUCAAAGCAGCACAUAGUGGUUUGAAAAUUUUUUGUUAGAUGUUUUCACUGUAACAGUUUGCAUUUCAGAGCAACUUGAACAGAACAGUCAUUGCAGAAAUGUGGAAAGAGUACAGGCUUGCCUUCUGAGUAACAGGUAUUCAGCACAGCACAUAACAUCUAAUUGGCGUUCAAGAUGACGCACCAGGUUGGUUAGGUGACACAAAGGUAUGUGUCUCUCAUUCCAGAAGUCACCAUACAUGGGAUCUCUAAUGUUUGUAUUUGGGGUUCUUAGCUCAGUUUCAUUACACCUUUGAUAGUGAAAUAUAUUAUAAACCAAACCCUCAUUUCACUUUUGUUUACACUACCAAAGUGUGGUGCGGGGGCAGUGAUGAGGACCGAAAAGCAUACCAUCUGCAGUUCUAACAUCACACUUAAAAGUCUAAAAGAGAGCAUUUCUUCUUUACUGGGUUUUUUUAAAUAAAUUUAUUUAUUUAUUUUUGGCUAAGUUGGGUCUUCGGUGCUGCAUGUGGGCUUUCUCUACUUGCGGUGAGUGGGGGCUCCUCUUCGUUGCGGUGAGCGGGCUUCUCAUUGCGGUGGCUUCUCUUGAUGCAGAGCACGGGCUCUAGGCACGUGGGCUCAGUAGUUGUGGCUCGUGGGCUCUAGAGCACAGGCUCAGUAGUUGUGGCGCAUGGGCUUAGCUGCUCUGCGGCACGUGGGAUCUUCCUGGACCAGAACUCGAACCCAUGUCCCCUACAUUGGCAGGCGGACUCCCAACCACUGCACCACCAGGGAAGCCCUUCUUCUUUUAAAACGUAACCUUCAUGAGAAAUGGGGGCUUGUCUGCCACAUAAUGGGCACUCGGUAAUAAUUCAUGGACGGAUUAAUAUCCUCAAAAUGCCGUGUGCAGCAUAGAUGUAGGCUGGGGCUUCAACAUUGCCUAUUGCUGCAAAGUGCUCUGGAAGUCUUAAUUUUUUGUAACGUAAAAAUGUUUUGUCAGAUCUAUGCCCUGAUGAUGUUAUUUAACGGUUGAUUUACAGUGAUUCUUGUUGCCUUUUAAACAUGUGGAAAUGGAUGACAAUGAAAGCUGCUUGGAGUGUGAUCAUCGUGACUGUGGUGGUAUUUAAUGCCCAGCACAAAUAAGAACCUGAAUGGGUAAAAAAGCAGAGAGUAUUUUAAAGGAGUCAGCGUUCCUUUACUUUGGUGAAACGGAGCUGAAGUUAUACACAGUCCUCGUCGACUUUGCAACCUGCCCCUGAUGGUAUGGUUUGGGGAGGACACAUCAUGCCUGAGGUAUUGCAAGAUCCAGAAUUACGGAGAGACAGAAAGACUCAGGAUCAAUGCCAGAUUCUCUUUCGGCAGGCGAGUUUCUCAAGAGAAGUACUGCGCUGCAUGAUAUUGUACCAGUGUGGUGUACGUGGUGGCAGAAAUUAUUCUUCAAAAAGCUCUUAUUUUAGACCGAGAGAUUCAAAGCGGAGACGCUGUCGCCUGGACUGACUCCCGGAGGCUUGGAAACGUCAGUUUCCCACGCCCCUUUGUAUUAUGCCGGAAAAGGCGAAGCCCACCACAGUGGUCUGCCGAGUUCCGGCUUUUGUCCUUUUCGGUUCCCCAUUGGCUGGGGCCGCCGAGGCCCCGCCUCCCUCCGAGGCUCUCUGGAGCCUUCAGCGAGGGGGCGGGGCUUUGUGACGCAGGCGUGACGUCCCCCAGAGGUAUAAAAGACACUGCCAGUUGAGAUUACAGGCAUCCCGCCAGAAUGAUUUCUGGAAGGCCCAGACUUGUCGUACCUUAUGGCCUCAAGACUCUGCUUGAGGGAGUUAGCAGAGCCAUACUCAAAACCAAUCCACCAAACAUCACCCAGUUUGCAGCAGUUUAUUUCAAAGAACUUAUUGUGUUUAGAGAAGGAAAUAAUUCUCUGGAUGUAAAAGAUCUUGUUAAACUAUUUCAUCAGAUAAAAGGGGAGAAGUGGUCAGAAGGAAUGGCACAAGAGAAGAAACCAGAAUGCGUGAAAGAGCCAGAAAGAACAUCUACAGUUUCCCAAGAACCUAAACGGAUGGAAAAAUCUACGGACACAGAGGAGGACAACAUAACUGCACCGCAGUUUAGCAACAAAACCACGCAGUUCCCGUCGGUUCAUGCUGAGCUGUUCUCAGAGCCUGAGGGCGCCCCUGAAGCAGCUCGUGCUCCUUCGAAACCGACCGCCCCUGAGAAUGCCACCCCGGCCUCACCGCCGUCGCCAGCAGCUGUCUCACCCGAGCUGGCCUAUGUCCCUGCUGACCCAGCUCAGUUUGCUGUUCAGAUGUUAGGUAAUGUUUCUCCGGUUCAUUCGGAUCACUCUGAAAUUUUAAUGGUGGACGUGGCAACAAGUAUGCCCGUUUUUCCCGAGGAGAUGCUGAGCUCAGAGGCUGCUGAAGAUGAUGUGGUGGCCACUCCUGUGCAUUCUGGAGAGAUGGCAGCAGUGCAGGUUCUGAGCGAGACAUCUGUCCAUGUAGAUUUGGGUCCUAAACCUAAACACCAUAAGGCUGAACCACCAAUGGCUUCCUCAUUCCCCUUGCAGGAUGAACAAGAACCUCCUGCUUACAGUCAAGCUCCUCAGGUCCCUUUGCAGGCUGCUAUUGAGGUGACAUCCACCACGCACAUAGCAUCUAUCGAUAAAGAUGAGCCUGUGAUCGAAGGAGCUACUAAUGUUGAGCAAAUACUGGAACAAACGGUUAUCCCCUUUUCUGAUCAUGUUGCUUGUCUUAAAGGAAAUGAGCAGUCACCACCCCUUAGUCCCAUACUUGUAGUAGGCGAGACAGCCUCACGCGGGUCUGAAAAAUCUGUGGGUUCUGCAAACUUUGUGCAGUUGGAGAGUGCAAAAUAUGACUCCUCAGUACAUGUGGAGGCAGACGGCUCUGCCACAACAGUGAGCUCUGAAAUAUCUGUGCACAUUGAAGUGGACAUCUUUGCGCUCGCCCCUGGCAGUGCUGGGCAGGAGGACUCAUGGGAAAACCGUGCGUCCCAGGAGACGGAGGUCAAACCCGCGCUCUCAGGGGAAGCCGCACAAGUAGUGCGCUCAGCAAUAGCAGCAAGCGAAGCAGGACAACCACCACCAUAUUCUAACAUGUGGACCCUUUAUUGUCUAACUGACAUGAGUCAACAAAGUCGCCCGUCACCACCACCUGCACCUGGGCCUUUCCCCCAAGCAACCCUCUAUUUACCUAAUUCUAAGGAGCCACAGUUUCUGCAGCACCCACCAAAAGUUGCUUCUCCAACUUCCGGGAUGAUGGACAGCAAGACGACCAGUGCCCCGCCUUUCAUUUUAGUGGGCUCAAAUGUUCAGGAAGCACAGGACUGGAAGCCUGUUCCCCAGUCAGAUGCCUUGAAGAGAUACACUGCAGUGCAAGUCCCCAUUGCUGUUCCUGCAGAUCAGAAAUUCCAGAAACACACCCCCAAUCCCCAGAAUGCUAAUCCUCCUACAAGUGGACAAGAUGUCCCCAGACCACAAAGUCCAGUUUUUCUUUCUGUUGCUUUCCCGGUAGAAGAUGUAGCCAAAAAACGUUCAGGAUUUGGUGACAAAGGUACUCCCUGUGGAAGUUACGGUAUUGCUGGAGAAAUAACUGUGACAACUGCCAAUGUUCGCAGAGCAGAAACUUGAAACUGUCAGGUGCCGAAGAUGACACUGUUUGAGCUGACCUUCACGGUGGAGUCUGCCACCAAGCGUAAUAUAUCAAUAAACUUCAUGCAAGCAUAAAA